GAUGGAAGACAUUUUCAUAUAGUUGAUAGUGUUAAAUUUACUUAAAACAGAAAAAACAAACCGUUGUGUUAUUUAUUGAUUCUGCACAUAAUAAAUGCCUUUUACUAUGCAGUUUGAGGAGUUUGAUAACAGUGAAAAUACCUGCUCUUCUGAUCGCGAUAAAGUGGGAAAUGCUCAUCUAACUCAACUGUUGAGUAUGAUGGGUAUUAAAGUUGAUCCACUUAGUCCAGUUGGUUUACGAGAAGGCAGGGAUACAUUAGAAAGCAGCAUGUUUUCUCUAAAGGAGGCAAUGAACAUGGAAAGUGUUGUAAUGGUAGAAGGACGACUAGAGAACGAAUUUGUCAAGUUGUCUGGUCAAGAUCAACAAAUUAUUGAAGAUCAGACAAUUAAAGAUGUAGUUCCAAGUGAAGAUGAAAUGCAUGAAGAUAGUAGUAGAAUCUCUCAAGAUGAAUAUAUGGAUAUCAGUAUAUUUUGUGGGAGAGAGGAGGAACAUGUGUCAUCUGCGGAAGAAUGUACCAAAUCUUGUCAAGUUGACACUGUCAAGAGUUCUGUCAAGGAAACAUUAAGCUCAUUUUGCAACAUGAGUGAGGAAAUUAUUGAAGUUCUUGAAGCCAGAAGUUUGGAAGAAAUUAUAGAAAAGAGUGAGGAUAAGAUACACCAAGAAAAAGAAUGUGUGCACCAUGCCAAUUCAUCUAUUGUCAAUGACAUCCAUGAAGAGCUCAUUGAAGGGUUUGCUGAAAAGUGUGAUAACAAAGGAAAAUUAAGGUUUCAAGAAAAGGAUUCAGUUGAAGAUGGAAGGCUUAGUUUUACUCUAUCGAAAACAAAAAAUCUAGAUGUAACUGCUGUGUCUACGUGUCAAGAUGAUUCCAUUGGAAGGCCAAAACGAGGUGCUACUACACCAGAGUCAAUGCUUAUUUCUACACCAGCUGUGAGAGAUCGGUCACAUUUUUCAAAGAAAAGAAGAGUUGUUAUUGAUCAAAAAAGGACUGUCCUACCUAACAAGUAUGUGAUAAUAAGGUCCUUCUAAAUUAUUCUUUUUUCUAUAUAUUCAAAUCUUCAAUGCUUAUUUACUUUGCUUCCUUGUGCACAAGACUUGUGGUAAAGGAUUGUUUCAUGUAUCUAGUAUUUGAAGUUGUUAUCUAAAU